GAAAAACCUGAACAGAGAUGCCGUUAACCUCGUUGAGUCAUACAAACCCGGACCGUCAGCUGAUAGGUACAUAUCGGAGCUUCUGGAACGUAUGCGGACUCAUGACUCGGAUGAUGAUGAAGAUGACGAAAGCGAUUCAGAUAUCCAUUGGAAGCGCCAGCGUAAUGGCACACCGACAGCAAAUUAGGAUCGGUAAAAGCGGGUUUUCGAGGCAAGGGCCGAACGUUAUCAUUACGAGACACGAACGCAUGGAAGAUUCGGGAAGGAGUGAUGAAAUAGAGAGGAGCAACAGCCCAAUACACACGAACGAAGAGCAAAUCACAAGUAGCCUAGCAGCUGGAAUGGAAAUUGAAACUUCUAGGGGAACCAGAAGAAGUUGA